GCUCCUCUCCCAGUGACAUGCUGGUGCACCUCUAGCGUGGAUGGUGCGCUUGUGUUCCUUUCCCGCGUCCCUAACACUACAAUAGAAGAGCGACAGACACAAACGUGACUUCUGUACAUUGUUGGUGACGUGACUAAGACGGAGAAACUGAUCGUCUAUUGCUAUAUUUUUUUUUCUAAUUCUACAUACAAGUCUAUGAUGGUUGUGGUGGCGUUUGUGGUGUUUCAUCAGUGAUAUUGUCAUCCGGUUAAAGACUGGAAGUAAGAAGAGUGUUUGUCCUACUGUAUCACGAUUUUCCUCAUUCUUUAUACAAUAUUUCUAAGUGGAUGGAUGGAUUCUGCUAUAAAGAGUGAUAUACUACGAAGUGCCCGUGUAAUAAAAGGAGUGAAGCAUGAAACAAGAUCUGGAAAGUCGUCACGCUUCCGAUGUUUUUACGAAGAGCACUAAUGAAGACUGUCACAGGUAAAGGCACAGGUAUUCUCAAACAGCAGAGAGUGAGGAGAUAUUCCGGCCUUCAUCAUCCCUACACAUACCUCGCCUACAACCAAGGUCUUGUCAACAUGACAGGACUGGAGGGAGCCGAGGGGCACCGGGCCAGGAGGAGGGGCGGCCGCCGCCUGGGACAGAUCAUCAUCCAUUGUAUCAGGAGUCUGGUCCUCAUCCUCACCUAUUAUGCAUGUUCCAUUGGCCUUACUUUUUAUCAGAAGAGGUUAUUUAGGGACUUCAAAUUUCCACUAACAGUAGUCAUAGUGCAUCUAUUUAUGAAAUUUGUGUUAGCGGGGCUGUGCCGAGCCACCUACACCCUUGUCACGGGCAUUCCACGAGUCAUGCUCAACUGGGACGUGUACUGGAGGAAGGUGCUUCCCCCUGGAGCUGCUGCUGGCCUGGAUAUUGGCCUCUCACAGUGGUCCCUAGAGUUUAUCACAGUGGCAUUGUACACAAUGUCAAAAUCUACUGCACUGUUAUUUAUUCUGGCAUUUGCUAUUAUUUUCAAGCUAGAAGAAAUGAGUUGUACUGUGGUGGUGCUAGUGGUGCUUAUUGCAGGGGGUCUAUUUCUCUUCACCUACAAGUACACCCAGUUUAACCUGUUUGGCUUCAUCCUAGUCAUCACUGCCUCUCUACUCAGCGGUUUGCGGUGGACACUUUCACAGCUGGUGAUGCAGAAAUCAGAGCUUGCCCUGAGCAAUCCCAUAGACAUGGUGUAUCACAUUCAGCCAUGGAUGACAGUGGCACUGCUCCCUCUGGCUGUGAUAAUGGAAGGCACGGCGAUAGCAGCAAGUGAGUAUGGCUUUAAGUUCACGGACUCCAGUGAUGCCAUGUACAUGUGGGGCAGAGUCAUGUUUGGGGCUGUUUUGGCCUUUUUUAUGGAGGUAUCAGAGUAUCUGGUAGUUUGCUUCACCUCAUCCCUCACAUUCUCAAUCGCUGGAGUGGCCAAAGAAAUUAUGACUCUCUCCUUGGCUGUAUACAUUUACAAUGAACACCUUUCAUACAUUAAUUUGGCUGGCUUGGUGCUGUGUAUCAUCGGCAUCACCCUCCACGUGGUGAUGAAGGCCCUCCAUCCCCCAAAGACCCUACCGCACCCACCCCUCACCCCCACCGACUCCCAUCAGAAGGUCCCACUGCUUUCUGACACCGAUGGAGAGGAACACGAGCUCUUCUCCCGGUAGUGUGAAUUUGUAUCAUGUGUUUGAGGUGAAUCUUCCCAGUGGGUGUUUUUGUACAUGAGUUUUCUCUCCACUGUGAACUUGUUACAUUGAGACAGACUUUUCAACAUGUAUUGUUUGUGAUAUUAGGUGACUGUAUUUUUUUAAUGUAGUUCAACAUGAGGUGUUCAUGGUUAUUAUUUUAUUUCAUUUUUGCUUGUUUUCUGUCAUGUGAUGAGGAACAAAUACAAUAUAACAUGGUGAUGAAGAUCUUUGAUAGUGUUACAGUUUUGUAUUAUGAAACAUUGCAUAAGCAAACAUUUCAUUUGCAAUUCCUAGUCAUCCUCUGUACAUUUUGAUAAAAAAAACUUAUUCUAUAAACUUUGUAAUCUUUCAUGCACAAAGACAGUGGUAUUAAAAGUACGUAUUACAUUACAUAAGAAGAAAUUUUAAAAGUAAUGUCAGUUUUUGGCCAUCCCAGUAUUUCAUGGAAACAAAUAAGUAAUGAGCUCUGAAAUUAAGUUAAAAAAAUAAAUAAUAAUUAUUUGAAUGUACAGAGAUUGCCAGAAAUCAGGUUUCACUGUGCAGCAGGAUGGUGCCUCUACUCUUGCCAUUAUGGUUGUGUGAUAUGAAGUACUUCCUGUAUGCUGAGGCAAAUCAGUAAUGAAAGGAAGGCAUAUAUCUAUUUGGUUAUAAGGAAGGCUCUUUACUGACUUAGGAAGGCUGAAUAUCAGCUCUGAGUACACAUGGCACACUGUAUGGUAAUCACCAUUGCUCAUCAGGUUGUUUAUAUAAGAGAUUGCCAAGACUGGAGGAGAUCAGGACAUA